CUUGUCGAUACAUGUCGACAUUUCGUCUGAUGAGCAAUAAACUCGUUAUGCGCCUGUUCUCGUCUCCGACGAACCUUCGCGAGCGUUUCUAUUCCCUCAUCCGUGGAUCUUCUCGAAGCGCGCGGUUUGUUGUAUCGCGUGGAACGUCGUGCUAUUGUCACUUUACCGCCAACUGUCCUGUGAGCGAUCGCAAGGGCACGACCAUCUGUGCCCUGUCUUCCGGUCACGGAAAAUGCGGCGUGGCAGUGGUGAGAAUAUCAGGAAGCCGUUCUCUAGACACACUGAAAAAGAUGACAAGUAUAUCCAAGCUGGAACCGAGGAAAGCCUUCCUGCGAAAGAUACGUGAUCCAGAAACAGGAGAGGUCAUCGACAAUGGACUUUGCUUGUGGUUUCCCGGUCCGCAUUCGUUCACCGGCGAGGACUCUGUGGAGUUUCAUGUACACGGCGGAUCAGCGAUCCUGAUGAAGCUGAUGCAAGCCCUCUCGAGAUUGCAGGUGCAUCCGGCGUUGCCGGGUGAAUUUACCAGACGCGCCUUCUAUAACAAUAAGCUGGAUCUAACGGAAGUGGAGGGCCUGGCCGACUUGAUAGAAGCCGAGACUGAGUGUCAGAGGAAGCAGGCGCUGCUACAGGCUGAUGGUAUUCUGCGUAAGCUGUACAAUAGCUGGCGGAAAGUGCUUUCGGAGUCCGUGGCGAGUAUCGAGGCGUACAUCGACUUCGGUGAGGAGGAGAACAUCGAGAAUGAUGUGAUACACAACGCACACCAUGCUCUCAGACAGCUGAUGCGGGAACUGGAAGAACACCUGGCAGACGGCAGGCGUGGCGAAAUUCUACGCAACGGAGUGAGGACCGUAAUCAUCGGUGAACCCAACGUGGGCAAGAGUAGCCUGCUGAAUCGUCUGGUGCAGCGAAAUGCCGCCAUCGUCACACCCAUCGCCGGCACCACGAGGGACGUCAUCGAGCUGACCGCGAACAUCUCGGGCUAUCCUGUGUUGAUAGCGGAUACUGCUGGUAUCACGGAGGACAGCGGGAAUAUCGUCGAAGCCGAGGGUGUCCGUCGAGCGAGAAGUCACGCGGAGAACGCUGAUUUUGUAGUCGUUAUGAUAGAUGCGUUGAAGUGCGCAACUAGUGGUUUGACUUAUAAAGACUAUAUACGCGAAUAUCUGUCGUCAUUGGGAAUACAGGAGCUGCUGGCGAAAAUCGGGAGAGAACGUUUUAUCGUGAUAGCGAAUAAAAAAGAUUUAUUGAAGGAGGAGAAACGACACUUCGACGAUGUUGAAACAGUUUUGAUAUCUUGUAGAACGGAGGACGGUUUUCAGGACUUGCUGCGAUCGCUGACAGAUCACUUCAGUAAUAUAUGCGGUAAUCCAUCCGCGGAGUGUCCAACCAUCAGUCAGGCAAGACACAGAAAUCACUUGGAUCAGUGCUUGAGACAUCUGCAAAAGUACUUCGAAUUUUGCACCAACGAGCAGCACGAUAUGGCCAUAGCGGCGGAGGAAAUCCACAAAGCGAUGCGGGAACUCGGAAGGAUAACAGGACACGUUAGCACUGAUGAAAUAUUAAACAUUAUAUUCAAAAAUUUUUGUAUCGGCAAAUAA